UUAUUACAUCAAAGGAAACAGCAGCACACGAUGACAGGAUGGACAUUUCUGAGGAGACUAAAGAUGUUUAACUUGACUGAGAGGAAAAGAACACAGAGACUAGAGUGGUUGCUGAGUGUCAGACGGUGCAAUGAGACUUCAGGAUGUUUGCGUUGACAACAGAAGACGGGUCCUCAGGGAGCUCACUGGAUUCCAUCAAAGCUGUAGUGUUUUGAAAAAUCACCUUGUUUUAUUCUCAUAUGUGAAACUUGUAAGAACCUUCUUCAUCCUCAGUUAAGCCUCAUGCCUCCUGCGUCCUCCUCUCCCAUCCUCCUCCUCCUCCUCUUCCUCCUCGGGUGUCCUGAGGUGUGGAGCUACGAGGCUCCGGAGGAUAGACAGGAUGUGUUUGCUAGAAGAGCCUGUCCCGCCUUCCUGACCUUCACCAACGCUGCCUACCUGUCUGGAGUCACCUUAGAGCUGCCCUGCCACUGCAAACCAUCACAGAUCCAGUCGGUCGUGUGGUUCUUUAGGAAACAUCUGGGCGGCUCCGAGGUGACCAGAGCCCUGACCGAUUACCAUGGCAACAGGCUGCUGGACCCGAGGCACGUCCCUCACAGCGGCGACCUGCGCAGUCGCUUCUCUAUCCGUCUCUUCAGCCUGCUGAUCUUCAGAGCGGGGCCCGACGACUCCGGCAUCUACAUCUGCGGCUCCGUCCACAGAGACUUCUUCCACGCUUACGACGUGGACAUCCAGGAGGCUCGGCUGUCCCGCUUCAUUCCGAGGGUCAAACAAAGAAGCAGGAAAGGACCCGGCUCUGCUCAGUCGUCGGCCUGCGAUCUCUGUGAUCAAAUGAGACGCAACAGGGUCAAACAAAGAACAAAUACAAGGCAGACAGGGAGAAACAUCGAAGCGCCGUACCGGGCCUGGUCGGUCUGCAGACGCUGUGAUAGAGACAGGAACGAACGUCCUGAGCCGCUGUUCCAGACCUUCAUCGGCUUCCAGCCCUGGCCAGUCUGCGAUCGCUGCGGAGUACCCGGAGAGCAGGUUCGCCCGGGAAUCUGCUACGUCGACUCCCGCUACCUGCAUCCACGCUACAGACUGUCCAAUCAGUCGAUCGCUUCGUGCGGAUCGGGGGCGGUGCCCUGGACGCUCAAACAACUGAAGCUACGCGGCUCCAUAGGCAGGCUGGAGGUCCGAAGCUGUCAGGUCACCUGUCAGAGUCAACCUCCUCCAUCCUCCUCCCUCCGGGAUCUCAUGGCCUUUCUUGGGUACAGUUCUGCCUCCCGGCCCGUGUUCCACCUGAGCCACCCCGCGGACCGCGUCCUGACGCUGGGCUGUCCCGGGGCUCAACCCAACUCGGCCGUGGCCUGGGACCGAGGAUCCCAACCCAUCUACCGAUCCCAACGCUGGGCGGGCCGCGACCCCGACGCCGCGCCCAUCCGGCUGGUGGUAGACAGCGGAAACCACCUGGUGUUUAAACCUGCCAAGACUGAGGACUCAGGCGUCUACUACUGCUGGCUGAACGGUCACCGGGCCGCUGAGAUACGUCUGCUGGUCUACGCCCAUUUGGGGCGGGGACAGUCGGUGACAUCACAUCCUGACUUCCCGGCAGCUCUCAACACCGUGUUAGGAGGGUACGCCGUCAUGACGGCGGUGUUCUGCCUGCUGGUGAUCGGCAGAGCCGGAGUCAGACUCCUCAGAGAAACUCACAACGAUUAAACUCAUUUCAAUAAUGAUCACUUCAAUAAAGACUUUAAAAUCAUCA